CGUGGGAGUUGGCGAGGGGAUGUCAUGGCUGUGUGAUUUAUCACAUUCUUCGGUGGUUGCGAAUAUGGUUGCUUAUGCGUGGUGAUUAUAUUAAGGAUUGAUGGCAUUUCAAUUAGUGGGAUGGUAUAUAUGGGAGUGCCUUUCUCUCCAAUUGUGUGAAUGGGUUAGUCGUAGUAUUUGCACAGGGGUAAGCUGGAGGUUGGCUACGUUUGUUGGGGUUAUCUGGAUCAUGUUUAAUGAUAGAGCCUCUAGAUUGCAACGAAUCCAAGGGACUGGAAAGUUCUCCUGUUACUCAUGCUUACUACCCGCAUGGACUAGACUGCUGCGCCGGAGCUGCUGCCUAUAUCAGCUGCAAAACAGCUAGAGAAUGUCACCAUGACCUCGGGUGAUCAAUCUGGCGAAUCUCGGGCUCGAUGACAGCGAACUUCCGGCAUUCCGUCGAUAGACUAGAGACU